UGGAUAAAACACAUAUAUCGUGGUGGGGCCCACAUAGCACUGUCCAGUAGCCACGUGCACGUCUGUCAAGGAGGUUUUGUAGAGGAUUCCGGUCCUCUGCCGACGCUCACAUCUUUCCUGUCCACCGCACCCACCACACCCAUCCCGCCCAUUUUUUUUACCCGCGUCUCUCUCUCUCUCUCUCACGUUUUCCAGAACCCUGCAAUGGAGUUUACCGAAUCUCCGUACGCCUCCGCUACUGAUCUCGCAUUGCAAGCGGCAUCAAUUAUACCGAUUUCCCACUAUCUACUGGGAUUUAUGCUAUUCCUUGGGAUAUUCUUCUACAAUUUCCUGGAAAUUCAUCUCUUCCGAGAUCUGAUUCGUGGAUUUAGGGGAGAUGCUGUGUCUUUGACCUUCAAUCCUUGCUCAGAGAUCUACCAUGGCGUUGUUUCCAAGUGCCGGGUUCUUCACGGCAGGUUUUUGCCAACUCUUUGGCUUUCGAGUCCUCAUCUUCAGACGGCUUUUCUUUCUAUAUUUGGGCGGGCUCCUGUUUGCGGUUACAAGAGGCAUGUCUUCCAUGCAUCAGAUGGUGGAACUAUCGCUUUGGAUUGGCUCGUGUUUUCCAAUGGUUCUAUGGUUUCAAGAGGUCCUUCCUUAUCUCAAGAUGAUACAACCCCUAUUGUGGUGGUGAUCCCUGGACUGACAAGUGACUCUGAUGCUUCUUAUAUAAAGCAUCUUGCGUUCAAGAUAGCAAAACGUGGAUGGAAGGUUGUUGUCAGCAACCAUCGAGGAUUGGGCGGCAUUUCCAUGACUUCUGAUCGCUUUUAUAAUGCUGGAUGGACAGAGGAUUUACGAAAAGUUGUUAAUCAUCUUCAUCAAGAACAUCCACAGGCUCCUCUAUUUGCUGUUGGGACGAGCAUUGGGGCUAAUAUUCUGGUCAAGUAUCUCGGAGAGGAUGGAGAGAAUACUCCUAUUGCUGGGGCUGCAUCUAUAUGCUCGCCCUGGGAUCUUGUGGUUUGUGACCGGUUCAUAAACCGCAAGCUUGUCCAAAAGCUUUAUGGCAGAAUUCUCACAAUUGGUCUUCAAGGUUUUGCUCAAUUACAUGAGCCUAUCUAUUCUCGUCUUGCUGAUUGGGAAGGCAUUCAAAAGUCGCGCUCUGUUCGAGACUUUGACCAAUAUGCUACUUGUCUUGUUGGAAAGUUCGAGACUGUGGAUACAUACUACCGGCAUUGUAGCAGUGCUAGUUUCGUGGCUAAUGUAUCAGUACCUCUCCUCUGUAUCAGCGCUUUGGAUGACCCACUCUGUACAAAGGAAGCCAUUCCUUGGGAUGAGUGCAGGGCAAACAAAAAUGUCGUUUUGGCAACUACAACUCAUGGAGGACAUCUGGCAUUCUUUGAAGGGAUAACUGCAAACAGAUUAUGGUGGGUGAGAGCUGUUGAUGAAUUCCUCAGCGUACUCCACUCUAGCCCUUUUAUGCACAGAAAAAGAAAGACUUCUGGCGUGUAUUCCUCUCUGGAAUCAUUGAUCGAUAAAAGCCCAUAUGUAAAUGUGAUGGAAGAUGGAAUGGUGAUGGCAUUGGACAAUGACCAGAUAAAUGAGGAAGCCACGGUGGGCUUAUCUGGUGACCAGAUAAUUCAGGAUCAGACAACAAAGGACACAAUUGCAAAAACAGACCGAAGGGAAGACACAACAACACAAGUGAACGAAGUUACUGUGCAUGACACUGCCCACUCUUCAAAUCAAAAUUCACAGUUUGAUCGUGAAAGUAAGGAUCUUCAUGAUAUUAUUGCCCCUGUGAGAAAAUGCUUGCAUCAGCUCACUCGACAGAACGGGCGAUCGAUGUGGUUGCUUGCAUACAUUGCCAUCGUAACAACCUGGCCAUUGGUGGGCUCUGCCCUUCUCAUCAUCUUUAAGAGAAGGCUGAGAAAUGUAUUGCCGGCAGCAUGGCUCCGAAAAUAGAGAGCUUUGUGCAGGUAUGAUAUAUUAUCUGUGUUAGGGUAACUAUAGGGCCCUGAUGCAUCAGGAUACGUAGUGUCUUUGUGUGUGGUCUGUGUAAGCAGGCCCUGUGUUUCUGAACUAUUGAUCUGAUGGGUCUACCAUGUAUGGAGGAUUUUCCAAAAAUCCUGUAUACCUAAUGGUACUUACCCUGAGAUUAGUGGCCUGCCAACAGACGGCAAUAUGAUCUGAUAAGAUUUUUGGCCACUCAAUGGGGACCAUCAAUCAGCAUUCUGAGUCACUGAAAGCAUCUGGAGAUGCCAGGCAUCUGAAACCUGUAAUUCCUGCAUGUAAUAUGUCAUAGUGGCUGAUGUAAUUAUGAAGAUUAUAUAAUAAGCAUCAGAGGCAUCAUUUGGAGAGUCAUUAAUUAGACCUUGGUUGUUGGGAUUAAAUGUUGGAUCAUUGAUUCAAAUAUGGUGUUUUGUGCCGAAAGAGUAGUGGUAAAGGGUGCAAAUAUUUUCAUUUGUUAUAUGAAUCAUAAUGGUUAGAGGUGGAUCUUACUAUCUUUAAGGAUUGGUUCCCAUAUUAAAUCAAAUAAACAAAGCUUCAGUCU